AUGACAAAGUUCUACCAACACAUCUUAUCCUUGGCAUUUGCUGUAAAUGAGGUCAACAAGAACCCAAACAUCUUACUGAAUGUCACACUUGGAUUCCACAUCUAUGACUGCUACAAUAAUGCACAGAUGACCUAUCGCACCACCAUGGAUCUUCUCUUCAACAGCCAUAGAUUUGUCCCCAACUAUGAAUGUGAUACCCACAAAAAACUAAUAGCUGUCAUCGGGGCACUUGCAUUUGAUACCUCACUCAACAUGGCAUACAUCUUAAAUCCUUACAAGAUUCCACAGAAAUUCGCUCCCCUGCCAGCCAACGCUUUGGGUGGGAAAGUGGCCAUUGCAGCUCCAGAUCCCCUGGUGCCAUACAAGGUCACUGGAAGAUGUACUGGGGAGGAGAAACUGGAGACCCUUCGUGGACCUUUUUUUGAGAUGCGAAUGACUGGCCACAGCUACGGUAUUUAUAAUGCUGUCUAUGCUGUGGCACAUGCUUUACAUGCCCUGUACUCUUCUAGAUUCAACCACAGAGGAACUCUCCAUGGCAAGCAAGAUGAACUCCACGAUCUGAAGCCAUGGCAGCUUCGCCCAUUUCUUCACGGCAUUUCCUUUAACAAUUCUGCUGGAGAAAGAGUCUCUUUGAACGAUAAUGGGGAAAUGGAAGGCGGAUUUGAUAUAAUGAACUUUGUCACAUUUCCAAACAAGUCCUUCCUUAAAGUAAAAGUUGGAUGGGUAGAUCCCAAUGCUCUUAAAGGAAAAGAAUUCAUCAUUAAUGAGGACACAAUCAUUUGGCACAGGAGUUUUAAUCAGGUCCUGCCCAUUUCUGUCUGUAGUGACUCCUGCCAACCCGGUUAUCAGAAGAUAAUGAAAGAAGGGGAGAAGUUUUGUUGCUAUGAUUGUAAUCCAUGUCCAGAAGGGAAGAUUUCAAACCAAACUGACACUGAUGACUGUUCUCAAUGCUCAGAAGAUCAGUAUCCAAAUAAGGACCGAGAUCGAUGCAUCCCGAAAGUCAUAAGCUUUCUGUCCUAUGAAGACCCCUUUGGGAAAAGUUUAGCUUCUGUUGCUGUUUCUUUUUCCUUGAUCACAGUCUUGGUGCUGCAAACCUUUAUUAAGCACAGAGAUACCCCAAUAGUCAAAGCCAACAAUCGAGGCCUCACCUACACUCUCCUCAUCUCUCUCCUGCUCUGCUUCCUCUCUUCCUUCCUAUUCAUUGGCCAACCUGGGAAAAUGACCUGCCUUCUCCAACAGACAGUGUUUGGUUUGAUCUUCUCGGUGGCUGUUUCUAGUGUCUUGGCCAAAACCAUUACUGUCGUUGUAGCUUUCAUGGCCACCAAGCCAGGUUCUAACAUGAGAAAGUGGGUGGGAAAAAGACUGGCCACCUCCAUUGUCCUUUCCUGCUCCCUCAUUCAAGCUGGCAUUUGUGCUUUGUGGCUCACAAUGUCUCCCCCAUUCCCAGACUUAGAUAUGCACUCAGUCCCUGAAGAAAUCACAGUACGAUGUAAUGCAGGCUCUGCCAUCAUGUUUUAUUUUCUUUUGGGCUACAUGGCACUUCUGUCCAUCAUCAGCUUCUCGGUGGCUUUCCUUGCCAGGAAAUUGCCAGACAGUUUUAAUGAAGCCAAGUUCAUCACUUUCAGCAUGCUGACGUUUUGCAGUGUUUGGUUGUCUUUUGUUCCAGCCUACCUAAGCACCAAAGGGAAAUACAUGGUAGCUGUAGAGAUCUUCUCCAUCUUAGCUUCCAGUGCUGGUUUAUUAGGCUGUAUCUUUUCCCCCAAAUGUUACAUUAUUCUCUUUAAGCCUGAGUUGAACAGCAGGGAGCAGCUCAUAAGAAAAAAGAAUUAA